GUCAUUAUUAAUGACAUUAAACGUUUAAACAUGUCGUGUUUCAAUAUCAUGUCGUUAAACGGGAAAAAAAUGAAAUAAAUCAACAUUUGAUAUAAAUUAUGGAUAGGCUGACGCUGAGCCGGCGCCCGACAUUGGGCGACAGGAUGGAUUGUCUACCCGCCGGUGAUGGCUUGCCAAUAUGGUCUAAAAUUCCACUCGAUGCGAAGCUUCCAAUAAUGCAAAAUCCAAAAGGCGCGGUUGUGUUAUUCACCACAAAGCUCGGCGAACCGAAACACCGGUGCAAGCAGGAUUACGACUUCGACUUACGCGAUCCGAACGGGAAGUACAUCACAACAGAGUACCGGCCACUGCACGACCCGCACCUGAAGGCGCACUUCAGCACGCCCGUGAUGAGGCGCCACCUGGUUCGCAAGGGAUUCAUCUCAGAGGACGGCAAAGUCUUGUGUUCUCUCAAGGAACUCAACCAGUACCGCCAGUAUCUGAGGCACAUAUUUUUUCUUGAGAUUGCUGAAGAGCGGAAACGCGAGUUGGAAAACAGGUUGAGAUCCAACAAUCGUACUCCGGAAACGGAAGUAGAGAGACAGGUUUCCCAUGGAACGUUGGUUCGACGGCGCUUACAGCAGCAACGAGAGCGAGACCUCCACAGGUUACGCCAGAGCAUAUCGGACAAGAAUAUUCAGUUGGAGCGCCGUCUGCAAGACAUUAGAGAGGAGAUGACGGAGAGAGAACGGCAGCUGAGAGAGGCCUCGGAACGCCGACAUGCAAUCGUCCGAAAAAACCAACAAGAGCAAACAAGCAGGAGCGUAAUGUUGGCGAGACGUUGGCGUCACGAAGACUAUCUGCGUCGCCGUCUUAUUGAGGAACGGGAAACUCAAAAGAAAAUGGCGGCUGAACUCAAGUGUAUGGCGAGGUGGAACACGCGCAAGGACGCCCAGAGUGCUAUGCUAGCUCGGGAGACCAGCGUUUUGUACGCAGACGAUGAGGAGCGUCUCAGAAAAAUCGCCAAGCGUGAAGAGAGCGUGGCAAAACAACGAGAUUUUCUCUACAACCAAUUAGAUCAAUCAAAGAAAACGGUACGCGAAGAAAAACAGAGGAAAGAGAAAUUGUAUUCUAAGCUUCUCAAUGACCGAAUAUCUGUUAUAGAGAGAAAGAUGCAAGCCAAGCGACUAGGUCGGCGACGACGUACCCCCUAUAGCCGACUCACGAGCACAUGGAAGCUCGAAGAUGUUCUAGAAUCCUUUCAAGUUCCGCAAGCGGAUAAAAAGCGUUCGUUCAUGGAGAUGCUUGACGCAGCCAUAGAUAGAGCAGUGGACAUUGCAACUGACCACUCUGAUGUGAUUGGUCUGGCGGAGGAGGCCCGCCGUAUAGUGAGUGACGUAAUAUCUAAAGUCACAAACGAUAUCUACCCCCAUUAUCUUCAGAUGCUUUCUGAGGACGAGCGAGCCACCCGUCCUCAAUUUGAAGCUGAGAAAAAAAGUUCGUUCAUGGAGAUGCUUAACGCAGUCAUAGAUGGAGCAGUUGACACUGUAACGGAUCACUCUGAUACGAUUGGUCUUGAAGAAGAGGCUCACCGUAUAGUGAAAGACGUCAUAUCGAAAGUAAAAAAUGAUAUAUACCCCCAUUAUCUACAAAUGCUUGCGGCGGAGGAGAGAAGCAUUCCCCAUCAACAAUUGGAAGCUUCAAAAAGCAGGUCAGUUCGAUUCAGUAAUGACGACAGUGAUACAUCACAAAGCUGCCCGUUGGUUACCAUCCAUAGUUCAUCCGAUGUAUACAAUGAAGUCCCUGCACAAUACAAACCUGUAACCGACCAUGUCCUGACGCCUUGCGCAUCCGCACUUCAGAUGGCAGCAGAUGAUGACGAUGCCAUCCCAGAGGCUUCUGACAUAGAGAAAACUGCACCGAUUACAUUUGUCGAGACUUUUUUACUUCGACUUCUUGAUGAUUUGAAUUCUGGACGAUUAAGUGAGGAGGAUAUUGCAAAGUUAGCGUCAUACUGUGUGGACCAGUUUGGGUCAUCCAAGACAGCUGCUCAAGGAGAAGGGGUAACUUCAUCGGUGGUCGAGUGUCAAACGGGUGAGACUUAUGUCACAACCAGUUCUUCUUCUGUGAUUGCAGCAAAAAUGGUAGACUUUACUUUAGACAAAAUUUUAACUCAGUUGUACUCUGGAAGUAUAACACCAGACGAGUUGGCUUCUCUGACCGUAUCCUUGAUCGAUCUCGUCACCGGUAGCCAAUCACCAGAUGACAUGUCAAAUGACUCGGAACUUGACGGGUAUAUCAAAGACACACUUCGGACUGCUACAUCUUCUGCUCUGGACCCAAGGGAAGACUCGCCAGUUUGCGACGCUAUUGUAGAUGACUUCGUUUUGAAAACACUGAGCCAUUUGAUCCAAGAUUUAGAGAACGAUUCACUUACAAAAGAGCAAAUUAAACUGAUAGCAAAAUCUAUUAAAGAUGGUCAGCAAGACGUGCCGGCUAAGGAUGAGCAAAGUGAUAUACACAACUUUUUGCAAAAUAUGUUGCACCAACUAGAACUUGGGACUAUGGAUUUUCAGUCCCUGUACCAGAUUGUGUUUGCUAUUGUGUACACAUACAAACAAAUUAAGGAACCACAAUCUGAUGGGUUUGAAAAUAGAGUUACUUCGUUACUGCGGGAGUUACUUCAAACAGUUGAACAGCAGGUCGACAGCGGAAUGAUCGAGGAUAUCGAUAUAAGCAUUGUUCGGGAGGCAAACAAUCGAAUGACCAACUCGUCGCUGGAUAUGGAUCAGAUACAGGAGAUCUCAACAAGCAUCGUGAACCUUUGUGAAGUAGAUAUUCCAGUUGCAUUGCAUUCAGCAGCAUCAACGGUGGAAACGGUUCUUUCUCAAACAAAAGAAAAGCUCCAAAAUAAUGAAAUUGACAAUGACUUUCACCACAACGUACAAAAUGUUGCGGAAGCUGUUAUAUCGGCUAUCAGCAGAAAAUCCCCAGAUUUAAAAGAUGUAUUUAUACAAGUUUUGGAAAAAAUACAUUCGUUCGUUGACGAAGAAGGCGGUGUUGGUGAAUUCUCAACUUCCGAUAUAGAUUUGGUGAUCAGUCAACUAAAGAAAAACGAGAUACUGAAUGACCAGAUUUUAGAGAUAGCUCGUGCUGUUGUUAUCGCUCUGAAUCAUCCCAUCAAAUCUGAAUCAUCACAAGAAGCUUCAAUGACCGUUAAGGAAUCUUUGCGAGAGAUUUUGAGGGAAAUUCAAGACGGAAUAAUACAAUCUUCCUGUUUGUCAGAUGUCAUUCACGCGAUUCAGGAAUGUUGCAAUGCAGCAAAAUCACACGAUAUGCAUUAUUCGGACUUCCUCCAAAAAUUAGCUUCGUUUCUUCGGAGAGUACUAGACAAAUUAACAUACCAAAUACUGACAGGUACAAUAAAUGAUACUGCCUUCGAGAAUCUUACUCGGAAAAGCUCUAGCAGUUUUAUUCGUGUUGAUGCGCAUUUACCCCCACUCGAAAAAUCCAAGCAUGUGAAAGAAAGUCUUACAACACAUUCGAAGCACAUUCUGGUCUCUCUCCAGCAGCUUAUCGAUAGAAUAGACAGUGGUGACGUCCGCAUGGAUGAAUGCAAUUCGAUUGGUAAAUAUCUUAUACAGUGCGGAAGCAAGUUGACUCAAAAAGCCAGUUACAAAUCAUCUAGUACUGAUGUGGUUGCAAACGACGUAGUCGAGGAAGUAAUCCAAACUUUACAACUUGAAAUAGAAAGUGGAACAAUCAAAGGGGACUCGCUUUUAGAGAUGACAAGCGCUAUUCUUUCGACUUCAACAUCUGAAUCAGCGGUCAAUAGUGUCGACACAACAUUUACAAGAAAAAAUAUUCAAAGACGAAGUCAAAACUACCAAGCUUCAAAAGGUGAUUCUUGUCCGACUUUAACGUCUAGAUCCGCAUCUACUAUUGCUUCUCAACUAGUGUCGGAAGUAAUUGAUAUCAUACGCAGAGAUUUAAUGCAGCGAGGGGUACCAAAUAGCAUCUUGCCUUCGAUAGCGUCCUCGGUUGUAACUCUGUUAGUUGGAUCCCAAAGAGCCGAUGCAUUUACCGAAUUGGACAAAUACCGACCAAUUAUUAACAACAUAAUCGACUGUCUAAAGACAGAAAAACUGGAAGAAAAGUGUGUUUGUGAAAUAUUUGCAGUGAUUCUUGAAAAUUACAAGACGAUUUUUGCUGAUUCGGAAGAAAAUACAUAUGAACAAAAGGACGAACUUUGCGAAGAAGAUGCCGUUCUUGUACACACGCUAGUCAACGAAACUCUAAGCAAUAUAGAAAGGAGACUAGCUAAAGGUCAACUUACAAAGGCAUCGUUAUCUGCUCCAUCUAUCUCGCAUUCGGGAAAUACGUCUCUGGUAGCAUCGGACCUUGUUAGUGCAUGUCUCAAUCAAAUCAGACACGACUUAACACACGUGACGGUAAAAAGCAUAAGCCCCAAACCCGUAGCGGAUUUUAUUAUCGACAUUAUAACAAACCUUCAGAUGCAAUUAGAACAAGGACUGGUAUCAAGUUUGUCAAUGGCGCUCUUCUAUCAAGCUGUCUCAAACGACCGUUCCGACCUUCAUACUCUAGAAACCAAUGCUUCUCAUAAAUUACAAACCGUUGUCAGUGACAUUAAAAUGAAAGGCCAAGGGUCUGUGUAUGUUAAAAAUAUCGUUAACACAUAUCUUUCACGAAAUUAUCAAGAUGUUAUUUCGACCGAUCCUCUAAAAGCGAUAGAAUCGAUAUUGAUGAGCGUAAGUUCUGAUAUUCUGGUACGUUUUGUUAGGUCUACGCUUCAAAGUAUACUGUUGGAGAUUCAGGGCGAUGAAAUGCGUUUUUGUGAGAAACUUCCAUCAACAAUUGUAUUACGAUCAGCUUCUUCCAUGAUAGCCGAAUCAGCUGUCAAAGAAGUAAUUAGUCGUGUUCAAGAGGAGAUGUCAUCGUUCGUCGAACGUAUGCAGCCAAAAGUAAGCAAACGCGAUUUAGAGAGAACAGCCAGUCGCUUAGUAGGCGAGUUAAAGCCCUCUAGUCCUCACAGUAUGGGUAGUUUCCAUUCAGCGAAGUCGUGUGAACUCGAAGAUAUUGUUCUUGAAACGCUCCACAACAUCGUCUCUAAUCUGCGUCUUGAGCAAUCUAUUAAACAAUCUAACAGCAAGAUCACAACAAAGGACUCGUACACAACACAAGAGAUUAACGACUUUGUGUUGGAUGUAUUGCAGAAUAUAGUUGCCGAUCAACAAGACAAGCGUUCGCAGAUAGAUCUUGAAAUCCAAGCAAAGGAUAGCUUUUCUCAGUCUCGCAUAGAUUCUAAUGAUAGCAAAGACGCCAUAACUUACGUAAACCAAAUGCUACACACCGUCCUCGAACAGAUGUACACGGAAUACCGAGCACGAAAUGUUAGUGACCCGGAAAGCGGUCUUCUAGAGGUGAAAAUAAUUGAAACGAUUCAGAGAUCACUUUCUAUUGAUUCUGAAAGACAACUGCAAGAUGAACUGCAUGAUUAUCAGCGUGAUGACGUAAGAAGACUGCUCAUACAGUGCAUGUCUAAAACCAUAUCGUAUAUCAAAGAUGGUAAAUUUUCAAUCCAGGAUCUGGCAGCCAUGUAUGUGACAUGUAAUCGCGCUCUAGGUCAUGAAUGCACGUUUGGUACGGACGAUAUAACCGAAGAGAUGGUUGUGCAUAUGUUAGAGAAAGUAAGGAUAAAGUUGUCAACAUUGUCGUUGAAUGACAAAAUACUUGACGAAUUAUCCAUACAAGUGGCCAUCUUAGGUAUGGAAUCUUCGCUGACGAAAGAAACACGAAGCGAUUCGUCUAUUGCGUCAUCUCAAAUACAGGAAAUAGUUCAGGACGUCCUUAGUCAGAUUACCGAGCAGCUAAAAGCAGAGACUACGCAUGCAGAUUUCGAAAAGUCGGAAAAAGAUUUGUCUAUUGCGUCAUCACAAAGAAAGGAAAUUGUUCAGGACGUCCUCAGUCAGAUAACUGAGCAGCUAAAAACAGCCACGGUAAAUGUCAACGUCAGACUGUCGGAAAACGAUUUAUCAAUGGCGUCAUCUCAAAUACAGACAAUUGUUCAGGACGUCAUCAGUCAAAUAACGGAGCAGCUAAAAACAGAUACUGUAAAAGUCGAUGUCGAAAAGUUGGAAAACGAGUUGGCUAUUGCCUCAUCCCAAAUACAAACAAUUGUCCAGGGCGUCCUCAGUCAGGUCAGUGAGCAGCUUAAUAGAGACACUGUAAAUAUCGAUGUGAGACGGUCGGAAAACGAUUUAUCUAUUCCAUCAUUCCAAAUACAGACACUUGUUAAUGGCGUCCUCGGUCAGAUAACAGAGCAGCUUAAAACAGACACUUCAAAUGUAGAUGUCGGAAACUCGGAACACGAUUUGUCUAUUGCGUCAUCGCAAAUACAGACCAUUGUUCAAGACGUCCUCAGUCAGAUAACUGAGCAGCUUAAAACAGACACUGUAAAUGUAGAUAUCGGAGGGUCGGAAAACGAUUUAUCUGUUACGUCAUCUCAAAUUCAGACAAUGGUUGAGGGCGUCCUCAGUCAGAUAACUGAGCAACUUAAAACAGACACUAUACAUGUCGAUUUUGGAAAGUUGGAAAAUAGUUUGUCUAUUGUGUCUUCUCAAAUGCAAGCAACUGUUAAGGUCGUCUUAAGCCAGAUAACUGAGAAGUUUAAAACGGACAUUAGUAAUGAAGAUAUCGCACAGUCGGAACACGAUUCGACUAUUGCGUCAUCUCAAGUAAACGAAAUUGUUCAGGACGUCCUCAGUCAGAUAACUGAACAGCUUAAAACAGACUCUUCAAUUGUCGGACAGUCGGAAAACGAAUCGUCUAUUUCGUCAUCCCAAAUAAAGGGAAUGGUUCAGGAAGUCCUCAGUAAGAUAACUGAGCAGAUAAAAACAGAAUAUACAAAUGUCAAUGUCGGAAAGUCCGAAAAUCAUUUGUCAAUUGCAUCAUCCCAAAUACAGACAAUUGUUGAAGACGUCCUAAGUCAGAUAACUGAGCAGCUGGAAAAAGACACAGUAAAUAUCGAUGUCGGACAGCCGCAAAACGCAUUGUCUAUUUCGUCAUCUCAAAUGCAGACAAUUGUUCAUGGCGUCAACAGUCAGAUAAAUGAGCAUCUUAAAACGGACAUUUCAAGUGCAGAUGUCGUACACUCGGAAUACGAUUCAUCUAUUGCUUCAUCACAAUUACAUGAACUUGUUCAAGAUGUCCUCAUUAAGAUAACUGAGCAGCUUAAAAGAGACACUAAAAAUGUCGAUGUCGGAGAAUCUGCAAACGAUUUGUCUAUUUCGUCAUCACAAUUACAUGAAAUCGUUCAGGAUGUCCUCUGUAAGAUAACUGAGCAGCUUAAAAAAGACACUACAAAUGUCGAUGUCGGACAAUCUGAAAACGAUUCGUCUAUUUCGUCAUCACAAUUACAUGAAAUUGUUAACGAAGUCCUAAGUAAGUUAACUGAGCAACUUAAAACUGACACUACAAAUGUCGAUGUCGGUAAGUCCGAACAUGAUUCGUCUAGUACGUCAUCUCAAAUAAAGGAAAUUGUCCAGGAAGUCCUCAUUAAGAUAACUGAGCAACUGAAAACAGAAACUACAAAUUUCGAUGUAAAACAGUCCGGAAACAAUUCGUCAAGUGCUUCAUCUCCAAUACAGGAAAGUGUUCAUGAAGACCUCAGUAAGAAAACUGAGCAGAUAAAAACAGAAUAUACAAAUGUCAAUGUCGGAAAGUCCGAAAAACAUUUGGCAAUUGCAUCAUCCCAAAUACAGACAAAUGUUGAAGACGUCCUAAGUCAGAUAACUGAGCAGCUGGAAAAAGACACAGUAAAUAUCGAUGUCGGACAGCCGCAAAACGCAUUGUCUAUUUCGUCAUCUCAAAUGCAGACAAUUGUUCAUGGCGUCAACAGUCAGAUAAAUGAGCAUCUUAAAACGGACAUUUCAAGUGCAGAUGUCGGACACUCGGAAUACGAUUCAUCUAUUGCUUCAUCACAAUUACAUGAACUUGUUCAAGAUGUCCUCAUUAAGAUAACUGAGCAGCUUAAAAGAGACACUAAAAAUGUCGAUGUCGGAGAAUCUGCAAACGAUUUGUCUAUUUCGUCAUCACAAUUACAUGAAAUCGUUCAGGAUGUCCUCUGUAAGAUAACUGAGCAGCUUAAAAAAGACACUACAAAUGUCGAUGUCGGACAAUCUGAAAACGAUUCGUCUAUUUCGUCAUCACAAUUACAUGAAAUUGUUAACGAAGUCCUAAGUAAGUUAACUGAGCAACUUAAAACUGACACUACAAAUGUCGAUGUCGGUAAGUCCGAACAUGAUUCGUCUAGUACGUCAUCUCAAAUAAAGGAAAUUGUCCAGGAAGUCCUCAUUAAGAUAACUGAGCAACUGAAAACAGAAACUACAAAUUUCGAUGUAAGACAGUCCGGAAACAAUUCGUCAAGUGCUUCAUCUCCAAUACAGGAAAGUGUUCAUGAAGACCUCAGUAAGAAAACUAAGCAGCUUAAAACAGACACCACCAACGUCGAUGUCGGACGGUCCAAAAACAAUGUUAAUAAAAAUGAUAAUCGACGGAGGUCUGUGUCGUCUGUUGACAGUCAAAACACGCUUUCCACGCGCAAUUCGAAUAAAAACGAACAGUUGGUCAACAAGAGAAGUGCAGACAAAACAGGAAUCGUACCCAAAAUACAAAAGGCUGAAACUGAAACAAAAACUUCGAUACGAAGUACGAAUAAAUGGCUAAAGAAGCGUUGUAAUGAACCCAGGCCAAUGCUCUCAAGACAGCAGUCUCGUCAAGAGACCUCAACAGUAACAGGCGGACUUUACUCCGGCGUCCAGUGUCAGUCGGCUGCCGCUGCGUACGGAAACAGAAAACAGUCGACUUUAAACAAAUUUCGUACCGAGCAACAGGCUUUAAAUCGUUUGAAAAGACCACAAAACAAACAUGCCAUCGACAGUAAGACUACCGGGUUACAAGCUAGAAGGAAUGAUCGGAAAUCGGCGGUGAAAGGCAUCUCGUGUGAUCAAAUCACAGUACAGAAAAGCGAGGACACCACUUCAAUCUAUUUAAACCGGCCUCUAGAGCUUAGAUCGCUUUGCGGAUCACACACGGCCGAAAUUCACUUUCGGGAGCCAACAUGCGCCAAUGAGAACAGAUCAGCGUUCAGUUGAUUUAAGCAAACGCGAACAAUACAGAUAAUUCAUAAAGAAAUGCAUACAAUAGAGAUGCACUAUUAAAAAAUUAUAAGUAUCCAUGUAUAAUAUAUUUGAUAAGGAAUAUGUGUAUGUUUGUAAUUUAAUAAUUUAUUAAAUAAAUUGAACACCAAUGACCUUAUAAUGAAAAUGUUUAUAGAAUAACAGAAAUAUGUAACUUUAUGGCAAUCUCCAAUUUUUAUUGAAUACAUUUAUUGAAGUGAUAA